AAAUAUUGUUAUAUGAGUUAUUUUCAAGCAAUGUCUGCAAAAAAUAUGAGUCACCUCUCAACAUCCAAAUAUACCAAUAUUUUUACAGAUGCGCCUUAGUCUAUAAUUCGGGUUGUUUGAUUCUUUGAUAAUCCGGCUAAAACUUACCUAACCAUGGACAUUUUCCAGAACAUCUUUAUAUUAUUGAAAUCUAUAAAACUCCCUUCUGUCCGUGUAAUAACGAAUCUUUUGGAAAUUUGAACCAUCUAUUCUGCCAUUUUCUCGUUAUAAUAUAUUUGUUAGAACUGUAUAGGGCCUUUAUGCAUUGUUUUUAAUUAUAUAAGACUAUUUAUAAUCAUUUUUAGAAACGUACUAAAAUAUACUUUUUAGCUCUUUAUUUUAUUUACUUUCUCCUGUUGAUAUGUUAUGAUUUGGUAUUUUCCACCAUAUAUUAAAUCCAGACUAAUAUGACUCAACGCGGAUUUGAUAUGUUUUAGAUCUAAAUAUGAUGGGCGAGCAACUCAAAAAUAUUAAAGAACCAAAUUCAAAAGUUGACGAUCAAGUUGUUGAGUCGAAGCUGAAUCCAAAGCUUAAAUGGAAAAUUGUUAUUAACAAGCAUAAGGCUUAUGCGUCAGAUUCAGACAAUAAAUAACCAAAAUGUCAUAUCUGUCACAUUAUUGUCAGUUUUGAUGAAUAUAUUUAGAUGAUAAAGACCCUUAUUCUGUUUUUAUUUUUAACAAAUGGAUGUGUGUUCAGUGUUAUAAACGAAAAUGUUAUAGAUUUUAGAAAAUCCUGUAGUUCUAAUAGUUUAAAAACCCUUUUUCUGCCUUCCAAAGAGGGAGAUAUCGACAAUUUCGUUAUUUAUGUUUCAAGAAAUAACUCAAAAUGCCAGUUAGACAUGUUUAGUACAUUUCAGAAUGUUGGAUUAAUAGUAGUUUUAGAGUUUGAUAAGAAAAUGGAAUGUAAACCCGGCGAACUUAUUGUGCAAGACGAUAACAUUAUAGAUGUGUGUGCCAAGAAAAUUCACCAAAUCUAUCUACAUCCCAAAAUCGUCGACCAUAUUUUGGUAAAAUUGAACUUCUCUGUUGUCAAUAUUUCAAGUAAUAUAAAACUGGUGAUAACUGCAGCAUAUACACUUUCUCGACAAUUGACAAGUUGUAAAGAAAUCGGAAAAAUACCCUGUGUGGUAGGUAACAGAACCGUCUGUAUUGGUAGAAGUUUAGAGUGCGAUGGAGAGAUUAACUGUGGUACUAAGGAAAGAUUUGACGAAAAUAUCGAAGUUUGUAAAGUUUCAGGUGGAAAAAUUUUACAGGUAGUGAUGUUUACUUUUGCAGUGAUCUUAUUUGGGCUCUUUACCAUUUAUCACAUGGUCAAAAAGAGUAUGAAAUGCGAUCCUGUUCACUUCUUUUUUUGUGAUAAGCCUUUCAACAGAUCAACUGCUAAGCCACAAACAAAGCCAAUGAAGAAAUCUACUAGCCAGGAUAGUAGUAGUAAGUCAGCCGAAGAAUAUUUAACAACAGUUUACUUCAGUUCAUAUCAACUCCCUCCCAGUACGCCUUCUGAGAGUAAUAAAAACAGCGAUUUUGAAAAAAGCAGCCACCCCACAACUCUGGCAUCCCCGUCCAUCCGCAGGUUAAGCGAAAAAGUAAAGAAGAACAUGAUGCUACCGUCAACUGAAGAACUUUUGCCUAAAUUUACCUUUUAUUCAACUCAAACUCGAACUAAAUUUCCUUAGACAAUUGUGUAAUUAGUUUGGAAAUAAAGCUUUAAAAAACUU